CGAUGUUUGGUGCUGGAUCCGGCGAGCUGGCUGUUAUCUCCCUUCCAAGCGUCGUCCCAGUCGCUCAUUUUUGACGUUUCUGCUUAUCUCUCUCGUUCAUCUGCACUUCCAAUGGCACUUAACAGGCGUGGCAGGCUAAAAAGUUCCCCGGAGAUGCAGCAUUCACUUCGAGUCGCCUUGUUCGUGACGCCAUAGCCCUUCUGAAGGCUUUCUGAACCACUGGUCAAAUGGCUGUCUCAUAAUUCCUUCCCACUACGCAGCUUCAGUACUGCUCUGUUGCCAGUCAUGGCCGCUGACGAUGAACAUGCCGACGAGAGGACGCAUCUGCUACACCGUGGUAGUAGACUAGGCUCUGUCGCCCGUGAUGUAGAGGCCGCAUCCGUUGUUUCUUCUCAUGUGAGCAAGGAAGAGCAAGCUCUUGGUGAGACGGCGGUUGGGGAGCGUCUUCCCUACAAUGACUAUACUACCAUUGACUGGUUGCAUGACCUCGUCAAAGACUCCUACCGCCAUCGGUCCGUACACAGCAAGAAAGGGCUCCGGCAUGUCCUCGUCUCCGCGUUUGACUCGUGCGAAGGAUGGAUUGCUGCCGCCCUCAUAGGCACGCUGACCGCAUGUGUGGCUUUCCUCGUCGACGUCGCUGUCGCCACGAUCAGCGACUGGAAGACGGGGCACUGCAGGUCGAAUCCGUUUGCGAGCAAGGAAAAUUGCUGUACUCCUCGAUCACCAUUGGACACACUGUCGGACCCCGGAGAAACAUGCUCGGACUGGAUAUACUGGACGGACAACUACUGGUCCGGAUUUGCAAUUUACUUGGCCUUCGCGUUGCUCUUCGGUAUCAUUAGUGGCACAGUCACUCUCACGACGAAAAGAGCUCUACCAGCAACUGCACCGGGCUCCGGUGACAAAGGACCAGUUCCAAAGAGCGUCGAUGAGAGCAAUGAUACUGCUGCGAAGACUGCACCAUCUGGGAAGUCCAUGUAUAUGGCCGCUGGAAGCGGCAUACCAGAGAUCAAGACCAUUCUGUCUGGAUUUGUGAUCCCACACUUCCUUGACCUGAACGUCCUGAUCGUCAAGGCUGUCGGGUCCGUGUUCGCGGUAUCCACCGGUAUGUGCUUGGGAAAGGAAGGCCCUUUCGUGCACAUUUCUACGUGUGUGGCAUAUCUCGUUGGAGUCCGCUUCCCCAAGUAUCGAGAAAAUGGCCGCAAACUCCGCGAGAUACUUGCCGCUGGGUGCGCUAGUGGCUUGUCAGUUGCAUUUGGGGCUCCUAUCGGUGGGGUACUCUUUGCAUACGAAGAAAUUUCCACAUAUUUCCCGCGGAAGGUUCUCUGGCGUGCGUUCAUCUGCUCACUGUUCGCAGCCAUGACUCUCAAAGCUCUCAACCCAACCGGCACUGGCAGACUGGUCCUUUUUGAGACCAGCUACGGCACCACAUAUCAGCCUUACCACUAUCCAGUCUUUGUCCUGCUAGGUGUGGCUGGCGGCGUGUUUGGUGGCGCAUUCUGCAAGGCCAACUUUCUCUGGUCACGUGGCUUCCGCAAGUACAACAUCAUCAAGAGCUAUCCGGUAUUGGAGGUUGCCUUGGUUGUUGUCGCAACGGCCUUGCUACAAUAUCCCAACCCCCUGACAAGAGAGCCAGGCGAUAUCAUCAUCAAAAACCUCUUGGUUGAUUGCUCCGAUGGCUCACGAACGGACUAUGUCUGCGUCCAAGAAGGACAAGCGUCGCCUACACCCAGGUAUUUAGGCUGGCUUGUGUACGGCACUAUGGUCAAGCUCGUUCUGACCAUAAUAACAUUCGGUAUUAAGGUGCCGUCUGGGAUCAUCAUUCCUGCGCUCGAUGGAGGAGCGUUCUUUGGAAGAUUGAUAGGCCAGGUACCCUUCCUGGCAGAGUCAAUUUCGCCCGGCAUCUUUGCAAUGGUUGGCGCUGGAGCUUUUUUGGCUGGCGUUAGUCGCAUGACGAUAUCACUCGCCGUCAUCAUGUUCGAAUUGACCGGAGAGCUAGAGUUCAUCCUUCCUAAUAUGAUUGGUAUUAUGGUUGCUAAAUGGACCGCAGACGCACUAGAGCGUGAAGGCGUCUAUGACCUCGCGCAGACAGUGCUGGGCCAUCCAUUCCUCGAUCUCGACCAUGCCAUGAAGUUGGUCCAGAAAGACGCUCACCUGGUUGAGGAGUUGAUACCUCCACAACAAACAAUGCGGGAGAUCACCGUCGAUGUCCCUGAGAGCGGCGUUGUCCCUCGUGCGUUAAUGAACGAGAAGUUGCUGCAGUUAAGACGUCGAGGACUCAUGGACGCCGGUCUUGUUCUUGUUCAGAAAGGUAUGCUACAAGGUUAUCUGGCCGAGGGAGAACUGGAAUUUGGGCUCGAAACUCUUGCUCAGACGUUCUCAGAGGGCUGUCUAGUGCGUCUAUUGCCCGUUGCUGCUGGCGCAGGUGUGUUCGCGCAUGAACAAGAGCUAGAUAUGGCCCAUUUUGUGGAUCGGACGCCGUUGACGAUCAACGCUAGAGCCCCAAUGGAGUAUGCAGUGGAGAUGUUUGGCAAGCUGGGACUGAGGCAUCUGUGUGUCACCGAAGAAAACACUGGGAGGCUAGUCGGUGUGAUUAUCAAGAAGAGGUUGGUGGUUUGGCUGGAAGGGUUGAAGCAUUAACUGCGCGUCGCUCCCCAUUGUUCAUACAUCUCAGCGACUGGUACAGGUGCAGUCAAGGAUGUCUCGUGGGUAGUCUCGUUCUCAAGGACUAUCGCUGAUUGCUCCGGCGUUUCUCACCCGGUGAUGCGAGCUAUAGGCUGUUCCACUGUUUGUAUGAUAGCGCGCAUUCGAGUGCAU